AUGUCCCCUCAGCUCCAUACCCUUUUUUUCUUUAGCGGGAAGGCAAACUCCUCUAUCGCCGACCAUUUCAUUGGCCUACUCUCCGACAAACAGCCACAUCAUCACCAAAUGUAUUAUUCCACGAUUGAGAAGGUGGUUGGUUGGGAGUUAUCUUGGCCAAUAUUGCUCUUUGUCUUUGUCGCGUCCCUGUUCGUCGUCACUUCUCGACCAGAUCCGUUCUCUGACAUUCCCGGUCCAUUCCUUGCUCGGUGGACGCCACUGUGGUUAGCGUACCAAGCUCGCCGUGGAAGGCGAUAUCAGGUGGUCGAUGAGCUGCAUAAACGAUAUGGCCGAUUUGUACGCAUAGCACCAAACCACAUCUCUGUAGCAGACAAAGACGCCCUUCCCAUAGUCUACGGUCAAGGCCACAGGGCAUUCGACAAAUCCCCAUUUUACCAUGCAUUCAUUGGUGAUAAGGCUUCUGUAUUCUCCACAACCGACCGCCAAGACCACGCGCAGAAGCGCAAACUAGUCUCCCAGGCGUUCUCGUACGGCUCGCUGCUUAAUCUGACACCAUUGAUCUCGGCUAUUGUCAGCAGUUUCGUCGAGAAGCUGGAUAAGAUAUCCGAAUCAGCGGAAUAUAUUGAUGCACUCGUCUGGUUUAACUAUCUCGCAUUUGACCUGCUUUCCGACCUAGCCUUUGGAGAACCCAUAGGAAUGGUGGAGAAAGGAUCGGACGCUGUAGUUGUGGAAAAGGCUGAUGGAGAAACUGUAAUGGAACACGCUAUAUCCCUCGUUGACGAGCGUGAGCAUCUCGCUGCCGUGGUCGGUCAUCACCCGACGUUCAGGUUCCUGUCGAAGUUCCUCCCUGAUCCCUUCUUUGUGCGUGGCCACAGAGCAUCACAUGGCCUCGAAGACCUCGCGCGGCGCCGUGUCAUGAAACGCAUUCGAUCAAACGCCCACCGUGACGACAUCCUGGGACGUCUGAUUCACGCCCGCAUUGGGGAUGGGGGUUCGCUUACCGCAGAUCAAACGAACGAGCUCAUCGCCGAGUCGGUUACCCUUCUGAUCGCUGGCUCCGACACCACGUCGAAUUCCCUCACCGCCAUUCUCCAUUUGUUAUUAACACACCCAGACGAUUUCAAACGUCUGUACACUGUUCUAGAAGAGGCGGUUGAGCCUGGGGAGCUGCCGCGAUAUAACCAGGUUAAGGAUAUUCCUCUCCUCGACGCUACAAUAGACGAAGGGCUUCGCCUUCACGCAACAACUGCAAUAGGCCUUCAUCGGUCCGUGCCCGACGGAGGGAUCCUAUGUUGCGGCCGCUUCUUUCCUGCAUCAACAGAGAUGUCUGUACCAGCGUGGACCAUCCAGCACGACGAAUCAAUCUGGAAUGAUCCGGAAAACUUCCGACCACAACGUUGGCUGGAUAAUCCUGAUCUUCGUCGCUAUCUAAUGACUUUUGGCAAGGGACCAAGGGCAUGCUUACUGAUGGAUGUGAUCCUUUCUAGCCUUGCUUACAUGGAAAUGCGGCUCGUUCUAUCCACCAUCAUACUACGGUACGACAUGGAGCUCCAGACCCCGCAUAUGGAGACGACGGAAGGAUUCAUGCAUAAGCCCAAGUGCCUCAUGACGCGAUUUAGACGACGAAAUGCUAGUCCCUAG